AUGUCUACAGUGGCCUCAGUAGCAUCUGGGUCGCAAAGACCGGCAGCAUCGUCAGCACAACGCACACAAGAAGCCAAAGACGCCUUUACGGCUUCGCUGAACGCUGUUGGGGCAAGCAUUGACGCUGAGCUGCAUGCUCGGGCAAAGAGUAUUCACGACAAUGCAAAGGUCCUGACAAAGCAGGAGGAUGACGUGAGGAAAGAGACAAAAGGCCUGGCUAAAGAAAACGAUUCUCUCCAGAAGCUGGUCGAUAAGACCAAAAAAGAGAUGCAAAGUCUGGGCGACUUGGACGAUAUCAUGACAAAUAUUGACGCAGAUAUGGCUUUGAUCGAGGAAACCCUCAGAAUUGUGGAAGAAGACGAAGUGGAACAUGCACGCAAGUGUCACGUCUCAGGGAGCGAUGACUGA